AUGGCAAGGCUCAAGUCGGAGAUCACUGCUUUUGAACAAAAAGACAGCGAAUCUUUGUACGAGGCUUGGGAACGAUUUAAAGGAUUACUCAGGAAGUGUCCUCAACAUGGAAUUGAAACAUGGGAGAAAGCAAGAAUCUUUUUCCAAGGGAUGACAUCCAGCACAAGAACACUGGUGAAUGCUGCUGCAGGAGGCUCCCUGAAAACAAAAACUCCUGAGGAAGCACUUGAACUGUUGGAAUCAUUAACAUCUCAAGAAUUUGACAAUGCUCCAGCCCCAGUUGCACCAAGAAGAUCAGGAAUCAUGAAGCUUGAAGGCUAUGAUACACUCUUAGCCCAGAAUGAACAAAUGCUACAAAUGCACAAGAAACACCAAGAACAAUUAGAUGCUCUUAAUAAGAAAUCUAAUAUUUCUCAAGAGGCUCAUGCAACUGAGGAUUGUGAAUACAUAAGAGCAGCGGAAAAGCCACUAGCAGAGGUCAAUGGACUCUGGUAUGAUCAGAAGAAUCAGAAUCAACAUCCAGGGUUGAGUUACAAGUCAAACUACCAGCUGAUUCCUCCUGUGCCAUUGCAACAACAACAACAACCUCCACAAUUAGAGUGGGAAAAAGUAUUUGCACAGCUGUCCAAGACCACCUCGGACUACAUUCAGAAUUCAAAUUCCUUCAGAGAGGAGACAAGAGCCUCAUUCCGGAAUCAAGAAGCUUUGAUCCGGAACUUGGAGACUCAAAUUGGUCAGCUGUCAAGACAGUUCACUGAAAGGACUCAGGGUGUUUUGCCAAGCAACACAAUUAGGAACAACCCGAAAAAAAAGAAGAAGGAUAGAGAAGCAUCAAAUGAAGAAGAGAAGGAAGAAAAGGCAAAGGAUACAAUUGAAGUUGACGAAAUCAAUCCUGAAAAAGCUGAAAAGAAACUAUUCAAGUGGGAGAGGAAGAAAGCUUUAGAAAGACAUAAAAAGCCAUUAGAUCUCUCUCCAUAUGCUCGAAUCCCUUAUCCUCAGAGAUUAAAUAAAGAGAUUCAGAAGCAGCAAUAUUCAAAGUUUCUAGACAUAUUCAGGAAAUUGCGGAUCAACAUUCCUUUUGCCGAAGCUUUAGAGAACAUGCCCAACUACGCAAGGUUCAUGAAAGAUCUAUCAUCAAGGAAACGUAAGUUGUGGGAAUGUGAGACAGUAAAUCUGACGGAGGAAUGUAAUGCUAUCAGCGAAAAGAAGUUACCUACCAAAGUCAAGGAUCCAGGGAGCUUCAGCAUUCCAUGCACUAUUGGCAAGAUGAAAGUAGACAAUGUUUUAUAUGAUCUUGGAGCUAGCAUCAAUGUUAUGCCACUCUCCAUGAUGAAGAAGCUGGGGAUAACUGAAGUGAAGCCCACAAAGACGAUAGUGCAACUGGCUGACCGCUCUUCAAAGCAAGCUUAUGGUAUCAUUGAAGACAUAUUGGUUAAGGUAGACAAAUUCAUCGUUCCUGUCGAUUUUGUCAUCCUUGACAUUGAAGAAGAUGCCACAAUUCCUAUGAUUUUUGGAAGACCCUUCUUGGCAACUUCAGGAGCACUGAUUGAUGUGCUAAAAGGCGAGCUGAUAUUACGGGUAGACGGAGAGCAAGUAACUUUCAAGUUCUUUGACAAAGAAGUCCCCUCAUCUGCAGAUCAACUAGAAGAUCAAGUUUACUACAUUGGUGAAAAGAAAGGUGAAGAAGAACACAAUGAAGAGUCUUCUCGAGAAAGUAAGCCAAAAGUUAAGAUGGAGAAACCUAGUAGCGAAGGAAAGCAUGUAAAAGUCAAGUUCAAAGUUCCUGAGACUACUUUACCUCAUCCAUAUGUAGACGAGCACUAUGGGAAAAAACAAUUUAUGAACGAUGGACCUUGGUCAUCACCAAGCUUAUGCUUUGAGCCACCAUGA